UUAUCAAUUACUUUCUGAUAAACAAUUAAGUCUUUGCUACAACCAUGGCGUUUCUCAAAGUCUUUUCCUUCUUCUUCCCCUUUUUGCUGGUUUCAAUGGCGUUCAUGACCACCAAUACAUUUCUUCUUGUUGGAGCUCGUCGUCUUCUGGAAACAAAAGAGCCAGAGUUACCCAAGUUGCCUGAAUUGCCUCACUUAACCAAAAUUCCCACUGAAUUGCCAAAGCCCGAGUUACCCAAAAAGCCUAUUGAGUUGCCGAAAGUGCCCGAGUUGCCGAAGGUGCCCGAGUUGCCUAAGCUUGGGAUACCCACAGUGCCUGUUGAGUUGCCGAAGCCCGAGAUGCCCAAAAUACCCGAGUUGCCGAAGCCCGAGUUGCCCAAGCCUGAGGUUCCAAAAAUGCCCGAGUUGCCAAAGCCUGAAGUGUCCAAAAUGACUACUGAGUUGCCAAAGCCUGAGCUGCCUAAAAUACCCGAGUUGCCGGAAAUGCCUGAGCUGCCAAAGCCUGAGACGCCCAAAACGCCUACUGAGUUGCCAAAACCUGAGCUUCCAAAAAUGCCUGAGUUGCCAAAACUUGAGAUGCCCAAAAUACCUGGUGAGUUGCCGAAACCCGAGCUACCCGAACUGCCUGAGCUGCCGAAACCCGAGUUACCAAAAAUGCCUGAGCUGCCUAAGCCAGAGAUACCUGCUGAAUUGCCAAAACCUGAGUUGCCCAAAACUUCCUCAUCACCUUGAGACUUGAGAGUCAUUACCGUACUGCACAGAUCAUCAUUGAGUGCUGUCCAUUGAUGACGUUGUUCCGUAAUUAUGAGUUUUUCUAAAAUAAAUGAUACGGGAAGGAUAUAUAUAUAUAUAUAUACACACACACACACACACACACACACACACACACACACAUAUAUACAUAUAUAUAUAUAUAGUUCAUGUCAUUCAUGUUAUUUUAAUAUAUAAUGUUGCCGCCUCGGAGGGUGGUAACAUGAGA